ACUUUGCUUCCCUUGACUGCAAUUUUGAAGAUGGACUUUGUAACUGGCAUCAGGAGACCUCAGACGAUUUUGACUGGCUACGAAAAUCCGGCAGUACUCCGUCUUCACUCACUGGGCCAAGUUCUGACCAUACGACUGGAUACUGUGAGAAUCCAAUACCAAAUAAUGCCCUUGCCAAUUCAACAAACUUCAGAUACGGUUCAGUAAUAGAGAUUACAUGUAACACGGGCUAUACUCUCAUAGGAAUAUCACCUAUUGUUUGUCAGCCUGGCGGCACUUGGAGUGCAUCGCCGCCAGCAUGUAAACCAUUUGAUUGUGGAAAUCGGACAAUACCAAACGGAAAAUUCAGUGCUGCAGAAGGAACAACAUUUGGACAAACCGCCACCCAUAUGUGCAAUAUCGGUUAUACUUUGGUUGGAGACAUGACUGUAAUUUGCACAGCCACCGGAUGGAACAGUACUAAUGCUACAUGCGAAAUUAUUGACUGUGGUGAUCCUACACCAAAGAAUGCCAUCACAAAUUCAACAAACUACGAAUAUGGUUCAGUGAUAGAGAUAACAUGUAAUACGGGGUACAGUCUUACAGGAGAGUCACAGAUGGUUUGCCAGGAUGGCGGAAUUUGGAGUGCAAGUCGACCAUCAUGUAAACCAUAUGGUAUGUAAAUAAAAACGCAUCUAUUUUGAAGUUUGAAAUAGCUUACAUCAUGCAUGUAUAGAUUCCUCUAAAUUUCGAACAAUAAUCAUUUUAUUUCUUCUUCGGAAGAUAUUAUCCUCUCGAGGAUGUAUCUAAUGCGAUAUUGCAAUGUUUGUUUAUAAGUUAUAUCUUUUUAAGUUUAUCGUUUUGAUACUUUCCUUAACUUUUAAAUACCUCAACAUAUAAAUGCACGUUAUUCUCUAACAAAACAUUUAAGAAAUAAUACUUUUAAUAUAUUUAACAUAUUAUAAGAAAGAGGUCAAACAUCUGCGGAAUAGUAUCGCGAAUGCAUGAUCUUGAUAUGAUAUAUUAUUAAUUUCCAAUGUCUUUUUCGUCAUCAAGUGCUUGAAA